UGUUGGCCUCACAGAAUUCAGAACCCGUUCAUUAAAACCGGGACAAUAAUUCCUUGUUAAUUACUUUAUGUUGCUGUGGGGACCUCAAGGCCAAACAAAGCUCCCAGAAAAGUAUAAAGAGCAAUUCAGAGUAGGACUGUUGACUGGCGACGUCAUAAUCUGCACGUUUGGAAGGUUUUUUCCCUUCGGCUGGUACAGCAAGAAAGCAGAGAGGACGAGGACGCUGCAUCGCACUUGUACCGGCCCCGGAAGAAGAAAAGAAAUCCAGCUCGACUUGAAGCGAAGGAGAAUCUCUAGCGAUCUCCAAAGUCAGAGCCUUGGAAGGUGAUACCAGACUCGUGGUAUCCGGAGCCCACCCCGCCAGCCUUGGACACCUGUGCCAAAAACCAGCAAUCCCAGGAUACAGGUUCACUGAUGGCUCAGUUGGGAGCAGUUGUGGCUGUGGCUUCCAGUUUCUUUUGCGCAUCUCUCUUCUCAGCUGUGCACAAGAUAGAAGAGGGGCAUAUUGGAGUGUAUUACAGGGGUGGUGCCCUGCUGACCUCCACCAGUGGCCCGGGUUUCCAUCUCAUGCUCCCGUUCAUCACAUCCUAUAAGUCUGUACAGACCACUCUCCAAACUGAUGAAGUGAAGAACGUGCCAUGUGGAACCAGUGGUGGUGUGAUGAUCUACUUUGACAGAAUUGAAGUGGUCAACUUCCUGGUCCCCAAUGCAGUGUAUGAUAUAGUGAAGAACUAUACUGCGGACUACGACAAGGCCCUCAUCUUCAACAAGAUCCACCAUGAGCUUAACCAGUUCUGCAGCGUUCAUACGCUUCAGGAAGUCUAUAUCGAGCUGUUUGAUCAAAUCGAUGAAAACCUCAAAUUGGCUUUGCAGCAGGACCUGACCUCCAUGGCCCCUGGACUUGUUAUCCAAGCUGUACGUGUGACAAAGCCCAACAUACCCGAGGCAAUCCGCAGGAACUAUGAGCUGAUGGAAAGCGAGAAGACGAAGCUUCUCAUUGCAGCCCAGAAACAGAAGGUGGUGGAAAAGGAGGCAGAGACCGAGAGGAAGAAGGCCCUCAUUGAGGCAGAAAAAGUGGCACAGGUUGCAGAAAUCACCUAUGGGCAGAAGGUGAUGGAGAAAGAGACAGAGAAGAAGAUUUCGGAAAUUGAAGAUGCUGCAUUUCUGGCCCGGGAGAAGGCGAAGGCCGAUGCUGAGUGCUACACUGCUCUGAAGAUCGCAGAAGCGAAUAAGCUCAAGCUGACUCCAGAAUACCUGCAGCUCAUGAAGUACAAGGCCAUUGCUUCCAACAGCAAGAUCUACUUCGGCAAAGACAUCCCCAACAUGUUUAUGGACUCCGCAGGCCUGGGCAAGCAGUUUGAGGGGCUGAGUGACAAGCUGGGCUUUGGCCUAGAAGAUGAGCCCCCAGAGGCCACCACAAAGGAUAACUGAAGAAAGAGCCUGUCUGCAGCCUCUGAUGGUGCAGCCUAGAGAAAGCUUUAUUUUUUAAGACAAGACAGUGCUCCUCCUUUCCACACUACCUUCCUUGACCUUCCUUGACUCUUCAUUACUGUGGUUUAAAAAAGGAAGAAAUGGACACAACUUACCCCCUUCUGGGAAGGGAGAGCAGAUGGAGAAUUGUUUUUUGGGUUUAUUUUUAAUUCAGGUAAGUAAGUUGUAUGACUUCUGAUAAGGUGUGUACACCGUAGAUUUGCCCUCUGACCUGCAGGCACCAGCUUUGUGACGUUGAAGCUGGCUUACCUGGGGAUCCUGUCAGUAUGAAGAGGGAGAGCGUGCUGCCUCCUCCUGGUUGGAUUUCUUUCCUGGGAAAAUGUACUCCACAGUUCUCUCCUUGCCUCUAAUGCAGGCAAUGUCCGCACGAGGCUCCUAUCAGAAGGGCAUCUGCCGUGGAACGCCGGCUGCAGAGAGCAGUGGUCUGCCGGGCUGUUGCCUGUGAGUGGAUUACUUGAGAGUUAAGCUGUCUUGAGCCCUUUUUAGGAAGAACUUGGUGCUAGGUUUCGCAAGGUUUUCUACACACUAUACUCUGCCCUAGUGUUUGCUGACUACAUCUGUCUCACUGCAGCAGGGCUUGGUCACACCACACACUCCUUUUCAAUACUUUGACCUGAUCUGUGAUUUGAUUUCUUCUUGAAUAAUCUAUUCCUUAGUUCCACUCAGCAUUAAGAUGGGAGCAAGCAAGUGCUAUCCUAGCUGAUGACAUAGCUCCUUACACCCAUUAGCACUGUAACACUGUCUGGCUAAUUAUGCAAAUACUUCUGAGACCAAACAUCUUUAUCAUUAUGGAGAUUCUCCACUGAAGAGCUCUUAACACUGUGGAGAAGGGCCCAGCCAGGAGACAUCCAAAAAGUAGUGCCUGUGGCCUGUGCUGGGGGUUUGUCUGACACACUGAUACAGAGAGUGAGUCUUUAAAUGCAGAGAGCAGGUAGCCACUUGAGAGUCAACUCCAGAGCAGUGCGCUAGAUGUAAGGUGGAGUUCAGGCCCGUGCCCUGUGGGCCGCAUCGAAUCCCUGUGUUUUGUUUUUUGUUGCUCCUUAGGAAAAUAGUGAGUCACCCUAGGAAAUUGAGAAUGGGAAGAAAAGACAUGAAAGGAAGGUUAUUUCUUAUCCUGAAAUUGGGCUGGGGUAGGGUUCCACCAUGGCCUGUACAUGCGCACAGAAUACCUUUGUGGAAGGCAGUUCUGCAGUUCAUUUGCAGACGUGGCAGUGCCCUGUAUGACCAUGACCAGCGCUAGCUUAGGACUCAGCCUUGUUAGCUGGUCUCUACCCCAUCCUCACACACACACAAAGCACCUACUGUUCUCUCUCUUAGGUGACUACUAUAAAUGAUAUUUUCUGGCGUCAAUUUCCACCUCAGUUUUGGUUCUGUAAGUCAGGCCAGUUUGCUCCUAAGUGGCACCAGGCUUGUGAGGUAUUUGAGAAGCAUUUCAUCCAUCCAAAAGGAGGCAGAGUUCAUUGUGCUUGCUUCCGAUGUUCCCUUCUCUGCCCUGACUCCUAGACUGAGAUUUCUCAGACCACUGACCCUGACCACACUGUACAAACGACAAAAUGUUUCUGGAAAGACAUUGUAAUGUGCUCAAAAGCUUGUGAAAGUGGUUUUCCCCCCAAGACCAACUCAUCUUCCUCCCAUUUGUUGCUGCUAAUCAACAUGCUGUACCCAGAAUCCUCUCUUCAACAUGAACCUCAGAAAACACUACUUCAGUGGAGUCAGUGCAGGAGUAAGGGUAUCCUGCCAUACAGCCCCCUCCUAGCCUGAGAAUCUCUCUGUGACUUAACAUUCUGAUAGCUUACCCCUCCAUCACAAAGAGCCACAAUAAAGUCCUGCUGCAACAACUGCUUCCCUGCCCUGUAAUGUCACUUCUUUAACAAAAUAAGAAUGUCCCUAGGUCAUAUCAUAAAUUCAGGUUGGUAUCUGUCACAGCAGUAAAAUCAUGGAACUCAGAUGUCUUUUUAGCAUGGGAUACCUAGCCCAUCAGUCUUUGUGACCUUGUUUUUUGUAAUACUGUAAAAUCUGAUUGUAAAGCAUUUGAGUUCUAAACAUAUAAAAUGUGAUAAGCCUGCAGUUCUGUAGGCAGUGAAGUCAUGGCUGCUAUUUUUCAGUAGAACUUCUAUCAAAAUAAGUAACUGUUUGUAAAAUUCAGUUUUUGUAGGACUCUCCCAAGGCACAGCCACCUUGGCAGGGUGCUUCUCACUCACUAAAUGUGGCAGAAGCAAUUCAUAUUCCAUACAGUUUUUAAUCACUUUUCAAUAUAUGGUUAGAAUGUUUGUAAGGAAGCCUAAGUUUAAUAAUUUUUAUAUAACUAAAAAUAGGUGUGGAGGACUCAGUGUGGGUCCUGAGAAGGAGGGGGAGGAGGGGAAACCACUGAAUGAGGCCGAGUAAUGGAGUGCUCUGAAAAGAGGUGUUUCACAAGCCAUCUGUGGGGCUGUAUCUUGUGAGGUGAGAUAGCCAUGCUUACGGACCUGGGCUGUCGUCGGCUGGGCUUGGACAAACUGCCUGGACAAUAGCUACUCUGUCUGUGAACUUUACCUACUUCAUUGUCUUCAGUGAGGCUCUAGCCACUAUUUGUUUCCUUAUAAAAGCUGUAAUGGGCAAUCAUGUGUUUGUACUUCCUUUUUAUCUCUACUUCUGUGUAAACUGGUGAUUGAAUAGUUAAAGCAAUUUUUUCAGUGUGCCCCAAGGGCAUUAAUGAGCCUUUAUAACUGAGAAGUGAUUCUUGUUAUAUUAAUUAUUCCAUAAAUGAUACUACAAGAUAAACUAUCUUGGGGUAAUAGCUCCAGGAUUUGUUUCAGACAACACAAAAGGUUUCAUGUGAAUAUACUUAUAUCUUGGAUUUAAUUUUCAGUCUUAAUAAAAUGUUUUUGUCUUUA